CAGCAUUGAAAGAGGAGGGAGCCGCAGAGACAAGAUGUAGUCGCGUGAAUGAACGUGCAGCCGCCGUCCUCCUUUUACUGUGGAAUUACUGAACAAAAGAGGAGGACCGUUAUUCCGCAUCUGCAAUUGCCAUUUUUCUACCUUCCCCUUCAUCGUUCGUUUUCCGCCCUCCCCUUGCGUGUGUCGUCGUUUUUGGAGGCUAGUGGCUGAGCCGGGGAGGAGGGAGGCUGGCACAGGCUUGUCUGCAGACUGAGAUCACCAAAGCUUCGAGGUCACCUCAAAGGCCAUUCUGAUCUUUCUUCCUUUGUUUCCUCCCCCUUUCCUUUUUCUCCUUCCCAGGCAGGCCUUUUGUUUUUCAGCGGACUUGUCCAAGGGACUGGCAUCACGCUGAAUUGAGCUAUUGUUGGACAGGCAGGCCUCUCUCUCUCUCCUUUUCCCUCCACAGUACCCUACCCUCCCUCCCUCUUUUAUCAUCCUCUCCUCCUCGUCUCGCUGCCACUUGCUACACCAUCCUUCCAUUGCUAUGCACCUUGCUUAAACCCGUAUGUGUAUUCAUCCAUACAUACGCACGUACCGCCUGGAACCAUCUUCACAUUUCUUCUAACCCUACAACCCCCCCACCCCCUCCUCUUCUCCCAUCCCCGCAGUGCCUCCAAGUUAGCGACGUGAUGUGCCCUUCGUGGCACGUGAAUCCGGAUGUUUGGCAGGGGGUCGGUGGGAUUUGUUAAAGCUAGGGGUGAUGCCUCAGAGGACAGCCAAGCCCAGCACUCCCACACCCACCUCCAGCCAGCCUGCCUGUCACUGAGCACGCCUGCCUGCAACACCACGUGUCACCCCCAGUUUGUGUGUGUGUGUGCGUGUGCGCGCGUAUGUGUGUAUAUGUGUACGCACGUGUGCAUGUGCGCAAGCACCCUUGCCAUGACUCUGGCCUGAUCCCUGGACUGGGGUGUCCCAUACCAAUGUGGGGGAGGGACUGAACCUCAGGUUUCUCCCCACCCCCUCCCUCCCCUUACCCCCUUCCCUCUCUCCCUCCUGUCCCCCUUCUCCACGGGUAACCUGCCCAGGCCAGUCAGCAUGAAGAAGACCCGCAGCACCAACCUCAGGCGGGCCUGGCCCAGCUCGGAUCUAUCGGAGCGGGCCUUGGAGCGCAUCCGUUCUCGAAGUGAGAAGGACUACCACCUGCAUAAGCACUUUCCACCGCCCCCUCCUCCAUCCCACAUCUCCCCUUCUCCGCGGGGCUACAUGACACCAGGUGAUGUAUCUCCGAUCAGUAUGUCACCUAUCAGCCAGUCUCAGUUCAUCCCUCUGGGAGAGAUUCUGUGUCUGGCAAUCUCAGCCAUGAACUCUGCCCGCAAGCCUGUCACACAAGAAGCGCUGAUGGAGCACCUUGCCACCUGUUUCCCAGGUGUACCCACUCCAAGUCCAGAGAUCCUACGGCACACGCUGAACAUGUUGGUACGUGAGAGGAAGAUCUACCCCACGCCAGAAGGUUACUUCAUUGUUACUCCACAGACCUACUUCAUCACCCCCUCCCUCAUCCGCACCAAUAGCAAGUGGUACCACGUGGAUGAGAGGCAUCCAGAACGACAGCAACAACAACAGCUUCAACAGCAGCAACAGCAACAGCCACCACCACAACAGCAAUGCACCUCACCACAAUCUGGAACCAUCACUCCCUCCACUUCUGGCUGCGUGCGAGAAAGACCAAACCCUAAGAACCACUGCGACUCCUAUAAUGCAUACUGGGAUGAGGUGCCUAACAUCCAUCCCUCCACAAUUCAAAGGAAGUCCUCAAAAGAACCCAAAGGAGAUCCCCCUUCAUACCAACAACCCCCACCCCCUCCACCUGCCAUUCAGCACCCCCCUGACCCCCCAGACAAGAGCAAGACCAUGACUGCCACCUUUUCUUAUAAGACAGACACACUAACCAAGAAGAAGGAGGGCAGUGGUGGGGGCAGCAGUGAGAGGCAGUCUAAGAAGUUUGGCCUAAAGCUGUUCCGUUUGAGCUUCAAAAAGGACAAGACCAAACAUCUAGCCACCUUUUCAGCACAGUUUCCUCCAGAGGAGUGGCCUCUGAGGGAUGAGGACACGCCUUCAUCUGCAGCCAUACCUCGUGAGGUGGAGAUGGAAAUCAUCCGCCGUAUAAACCCAGACCUGACAGUGGAGAACGUGGCCCGUCAUACUGCUGUCAUGAAGCGGCUGGAAGAGGAACGUGCUCAGCGCAAAAAGGCUAGCUCAUCUGCACAGCACAGUGCCCGCAGUCGUCGCAGCCGAGGCCACCGCCGUGUGCCGCACGGGAAGUCGCGUUCUCACAGCAAGACACGGGCUUCUCGAGGAGACCCCUCAGAGGGCUCUAAUUUAGACCUGCCUGCAGUAGGCUUGGAGAGGGACUACCGUUUUUUCAGUCACUCACUGGUACGCUCACCGAGAGAGGGAAUGUACACAGUGGAACGCAGAAGUGGUGGUGCCUACCUUGUCCACAGCAACCCCAACAUUGCUGAGUCACACUUUCCUGUUACCCCAGAGUGGGAUGUAUCAGGGGAGCUUGCAAAGAGGCGGACAGAGAUGCCUUUCCCUGAGCCUUCGCGUGGGACAUCACAUUCACGGGUGCACCGUAGCCACAGCCACACGCAGGACCGCAAGUCACGCAACGAGCGGCCUGAUAAGGCUAAAGAGCGAUCACGUUCUAUGGACAACUCGAAGAGCCCACUGGGAGGUGGAAGCUCUACUCUUGGCACAACUGAGGAUUAUGACCGCAGUCCUGAUGACAGAAGCCGUUAUUAUACUGAUGAUGGGACACUGAGGGCCUCCUCACAAAAGGCCCCACACUACUCGUGCAUCAUGUUUUCUGCUGCCAAGUUCAGCUCAGAAAUGUCUGUACCUGAUAUGGGCAAAUUGAGUCUGGAUGAAUCAAGGAUCUGUAGCCCUCUCAAACGGAACAAGAGCAGGGACAGCCUGCCAGCUUACAGUGACCUGAAGGCCCUGUCACCAAAGCCUUUGGCUGAUGACUACUUCCAGUGCAAUACGUCGAAUGAAACAAUCCUUUCUGCCCCACUGACUCUGGGCAAAUCUGACCACGACACUUUAACCCCAUCUGACGGAAUCCACAAGGGCUCUCCUGCUGACCGGCAGACACCGCACCUCACCUCUCCACAUCCCAUGGAGUACAAGGAGGACUCCUCCACCAAGGGACACAAUGGUUCUGGUAAACCGAUGCCAAGCCAGACACCUGAGCCUAUGCCCAAUGGACGUUUGAUACAACAUCAACACAGCACUAACCCAGGGGGCGGGGGAGGUGGUGGUAGUGCUGGUAGUGGGGUGGACAAGAGGAAAGAAAUUUUCAGCAAGGACACUUUGUUCAAACCGCCACACAAUCUUUUGACUGUGAGCUAUGUGGACAGUGGCUACUCAAAGUCAGGCACUUUGCGUAAAACUCCACAUAUGAAAUCAUCUGAUACUCUAGAGACCCAACAGCCACCCAAUUCCACCCCUUUGUCUGCUUCUGCACCAGCACCUACAGGCACAGAACAGGGUGCACCCUCAACAUCUGAAGCUGCUUUUGACUAUUACAACGUGUCCGAUGAUGAUGAGGAGGAGGUGGAGGAAUCCUCCCGCAAAGAGGCAGCCCAGACUGAGGCAAAGGGGCGGACAGGGGGUGGAGAGGGUGGCGGCGGCGGAGGAGGGACCAUGCAGUGGUUGCUAGAACGAGAGAAAGAGCGAGAUCUACAGAGGAAGUUUGAAAACAACUUGACUCUGCUUAGCCCUAAGGAGGGUGAGAAUAAUAACAGCCAAAAGUCGGCUCACUCAGCACGACUAGACAGCAUGGACAGCAGUAGUGUGACAGUAGACAGUGGGUUUAACUCCCCUCGCACACGGGAGAGCCUGGCAUCCAACACCUCAAGCAUAGUGGAGAGCAACCGGCGACAGAAUCCGGCCCUAAGUCCAGGACACAUGGGUACCACCAGCAUCGGUCCCCCAUUCAGCUUCCGUGCAAUCCCAGAGCCCCCUACCACGCAACCUGAGAAACUGCAGAAAUCUCCCAACUGCCUUGCCUCCAUCACCAGCGUCUGACAUGGGCCAACCUGGGGUGACGUAGGGUCAGGGUGAUCUGCAACAUUGGGGUGCCUCAGUGCAGGAGGUUGGAUGAUUCUUUCCAUCUAGCACUUUGACUACAUGGGGACUGUUAAACCAACAGGCAUGGCUUCCAGAGACUGUUCUCACAGCAUACAAGAAGGUCACAGCAAAAGCAGAGAAAAAAAAGGGAAAAAAUCAAAAAGGAAAUGUCUCAUCAUAGGAUUUACCUUAACAAGCAAUUAAUCAGGAAAUUCUCCUGUUGGAAUCAACCGUUGUCUUCAAAAUAGUCUUGAAGUAACUGGUAAUUUGACAUUGUUUUAUUUUCAGCGGUAUUUUUUGUCAUUCAGAUUAGAGAUCAUUCUGCCAACGUAUUAAGUUUGCACGCAUUAAGAAAGAGAUGCUGAUGUGCAGGUCUAAAGUAUUAAAGAUGAAGAUUUGUGAUAUUGGUACACAGUUUAAAAAAAAUUAGGAAUAAUUACAUUCAUGAUUCACAAUGUUGUAUAAUAUUCCUAAAAAUGACUAUUGCUAUUAGCUCCAUUGGCGAAACAAUACGAAUCAUAUUCACGUGCUUAUUAAAUACAUAGACUGAAUUAGUGAAAAAACAUCUCGUUCUGAAAUGAAAGGAUUUAUUUAUGAAAAAUUACUUAUUUUAACCCAAUUGUGUUGUGCAUACAAGUACUUUGUAUGGAACUUUACAUUAUUUAAUGGAUUUACCCGUUUCAUUAAAGUUUAUAUCCAUAUUAAUCUCAGGUCAUGAGUAGUUACUCACCUAAGAAGAGGUAAAAACAUCAGUCAGUCUGGAAUCAUGUUUCUCUGGAUCGCUUUGUUUAAUACGGGAAUAAAACAUGCUCUUGGUAUACAAAAAUGUAAAUUAUUUCAAUUUAAUCAUGCUUAUGCAUAAGUUUAAUUCAAUGUAUAGGUUAUUUUUUAUUAUUUUAUUCCCUUUAGAAAUGAAAAUCAAAACAGGUGUACGUUUUAUGCCGGUGUGAAUCAGAUGCCUAGUCUCAUGAACCAGGACAUUUGUCGAUGUCAUUGUUGGUUUGGAAACAUGCUUGUCUUGUGUGUAGCUUGAUGGCUCUAUUUGUUGUCGUGAGAGGGAGAGGAUGUUGAAAAACGCAAUGGCGGGAACACAGGGGCUGUGUUCUUAACAUCCGUAUGCUCCAUGGAAAGGUCAUAAAGUUCUCUUCCUUUGGGCCAGUGAGAUUCAGAGACUCUGCCCUUUUGCUGCUCUGAUAAAACCUUUAUUUUCUAAUAUUUUCGUACUUGAGUUGACAAACCACAGUGAUGUUUUAUUUUCAACAGUUUUUUUUUUUUGGCAUGAGAAUUGAGCUGUUUUUGACCAUUACACAAACCAUGUCCCUGAAAGUAUGGUCGACAGCUGAUCUGGUUUCAAAUUUUACCACAGCCAACACAUUUUAUGUAUAUUCACAAUCUUCUCAUGUUUUCAAUAAAUACUUGCUUAAGGUUGGAACAGAUGAUUCAGUGAAAGUAUGUACAAAACAUUUGCUCCACUGUUAUUUAUCAUUCCUUUUAAAUGUCAGAGACCAAUAUGGAUUACAUUACAUUUUGACCUGCCUUGUGGUAUAUAAGAUCCAUGAUCAAAGGUCCAUUAUCCAAGAUUGAAUUAAACAUUAAAAUAUUUGCUUUAAACAUUUGGACUAUGGCUUUAACUGUUUGGCAUGUCAUCUCAAGAGUGCACUCGUUCUAAUGGUCUUUUCCCUUCUGACAGUGACUCUGUGAGAAUUGGGAAAGAGAGCAGAGCUUGUGUCACAUCCAUUGGUGCUAUUAUGUGGUGAUUCUCCCUUUUUUUACAUUUAGUUUAUUUGCCCAUGUCCUCCACAGUCUCAUUGCUUUUUGAUGAGUGUGCACGUGGAUAUGCUCCAGUGGGACUUCUUGUUGUUUUUGAUAUCAAAGACGUUCACCACUUUCAGCUCGCUCCAUCUCACUCAUAUAUUAUCCACAAACACAUACACCUGCAAUCAGCCAUGCAAACUACACUAAACCCCGGAUACAUGCACAUAACUAGCUACCUCCACCACCUGUGUAACAACAAGGUAGGGACGUGUACAGAUUUGGAUUCUUUGCCUGUGGAACACAGUGCUAUCAGCCUCUUCUCUGUGAAUGUUGACAAGGGGUGGCGGACAUUGUAACUAAGAGGACUUAUUCUAAAAUAAUCAGUAUUAAGUGCUGUAGUUUCAACUCAAUUUUUCUCAGUUUUUCGACAGAAAUGUCUUUUACUUAUUUACAAGUUGUGUAUAAAUCUGACAAGCACUACAUCAGCAAAAUAUUGCAGUUUUAUUUCCUCCCUCCAGUUUGUGUACGUUGCCAUUUUUAGUUCUCUGCUGUCCUCUUUACAUGAAUAUCUUUUUAUCUAGAUCAUGACUUCAAGCUCAGCGAGGAACCGUUCAAUUCUAGUUUGUUGAAAAUGCAUCUAGACUGAAGCAUUCUAUAUUCUAGAUAAUAUGAAAUAUAAAUAAGCACCUCAACUGAUUUCAAAAUGGAUCACAUAUGCUUACCUUGUCAGGCUUUCUUGUAUCCAACAAACUUAGUCCAAAUCGAAAUUAGUUCCACCACAGUGUGAACUCCUACCUGUUGGCAAUACUGAUUGCAAUAGUACUGUGUUCAGUUUCCCAUCUAAUAAUUGAUCAAUUGGUCAGUGGUUAGGGUCCAAGCAGCCUCUUAAACCCUGUAGUUGGAGGUGGGAUGAAGAUUGUGUGAAAGACAAGAGCCUCAGAUUCAAUGGUAAUUGUAUAUCAUUUCUAGACAUCAAAUGUACACCUGAGAUUUACAUUAGACAGAGAAAGCACGUCAUCACAUUUCAGCACUAUAAAAAUAAACUUGCUUAAUUAAUCGCGAUAGAGCUUUACUUAUAACCCCUAACCCUAGUUUAUUGAAGUAUACCCCUCUCAAAAUGGUUUCUGAUUGACUUCAAUACAAAAAAAACAAGACCUAUAUUUGGCAAGGCUCUGUCAAAGGAUGCAUUUUGGUUUUCCGUCACAUUUUGUGAAUUUUAGUUUUUAUUGUAACCCCCUCCACCAUCUGGGAAUCAAAUUGCUCUCUUUUUUUUUCUUGCUUUAGUUUUUGAUAGAUAAAGGGAGUAAUGCAGCCAAGACUGCCUUGUAAAAAAAAAAAUGUUUGCACUGAAAUGCCUGGCCUCUGGUUGCUGUUUAGUCCAUCCAAGACGGAUGCUUUGUUUAUAUUGUAAAAUAUUUCAUAUGAAAUAAAAAUGACCAUGAAAUGUCUUCCCUUAAACAUUAUGGAUUUUAGAACCACGUCAGACAACAUUGUUUCUAAAUGGUGACAGUGUACAGUAUCAUACUGUAAAUGAAAUCAAUCUACCAUGCUUAGUAUAACUUAAAAAAACCCUGAAAGUUAUGAGGGAUCUUUUUGUAAUGUCUAUAAUAUUUGAAAAGAAGUCCCUAUUUGUGUAGUAUGGUGUUUCAUCGUUGUGGUAGUGUAUGUGAUAAACCCAGUUGGGAGAUUGUGUUACUUUUUAAGACAAUAAAAUAACAUGUUUCGUUA